CUCCACCGCUGGAAAGACGAAGGCAGCCCGGGCUCCCAGGAGGAAGCAAAAACGCAAUCGCCGCCAGUCUUCAUCCAUGUUUUCCCCCAAGGAACCGGAGAUCAAGCUGAAGUACGUCAACUAUAAGGAGGAGAAAAGGGACUCGAGGUUGGACAGCUUCUCGCCUUUUGUCCGCGUGGAACGUCAGCCGUCGCCUCCAUCUCGGUGUACUGUAUUCAACUAUCCAGACGAGGCCAGUACACAACACAAGAAGGGCCCACAGCCUCAGGCUCACCCCAGUGGCUUUAUGUCUGCAACUGUUCCCAGCACUUCCUGCCUCCAGCUGGGCCGGGUCUCCAUGCACAGCCAGCACCAGCGCCCACUCAUCUGCUCCCUGUGCGGGCAGUCGGCCAACACCAUGGACUUGGGGGACCUCCAUGGCCCCUACUACCCUGAGGGGUACCAGCCAAGCACCAAAACACCAGCCAACCCUUUGAGGCUCAAAGCGGACGAGGACGACUACAGCGAUUCAGACUCGUCCACCUGCAGCAUUAGGCGUAGCAGGGACAGGAAGUGCACUGUGCUGCCUGCAGCGUGGUCCCUCAGAGCGGGGGCCCAGCUCAAGCAGAGGGCCCUUCUGGGGAGCCACCGGUGGAACAGCGACCGGACCAGCAGCCCCGCAGCUAAGCAGGCUCGCCUGGACAACGGCGCUGCCGACGCGGAGGACUGGUACAGCCCACCCGUGCUGCCUCUGGAACCCUGUGAAUACUGGCUCCACGAGGACUGCGGCGUCUGGACCGCAGGCGUCUUCCUCGUGAAGGGCAAAGUCUACGGGCUGGAGGAGGCUGUCAGAGCUGCCCAGGAGACGAUGUGUUCAGCGUGCGGCGAUGCGGGUGCUACACUGGGCUGUUUCUUCAAAAGCUGCCCUAACAAGUACCACUACAGGUGUGCUCUGGAGUCAGACUGUGUACUCAUUGAGGAAAACUUCUCCAUGAAGUGUAAAAAGCACAAGAACAAGACCUUCAAAGCCCCUCUGGGGAACAGGUGACGAGACAAUCUCCUGCAGGGGUUGUCUAUUCCCUUUGGCGGGUAACCAUGGCAACAGUGGACCAGGGUUAUCCUGACUGACUGCUAGCACCCACAAACCUUAACUGCAACCCUCUGCUUUUCAGCUGCACUGUUGCUCCGCCCCACCAACGCUCUGACUGGAACCCCAAGCGACAGAAACCUCACUCAGUCCAAGUCUGAUGGUACUCGGCAGCAGUGGACUAAAAAUACGACUCUCACUUAAAGUAACAUGCUGAAAUUGGCAUUCGCGUUGUUAUUUAUAUGGAGUUUUUCUUGGAUUAAAUAGGAGUAACAAAGAUAUUUAAUUUUUUAUUUGGUUUAUUUAUUCCUGGACUUUUGCUAUUGGCUUAUUUAGUAUCAAAAGGUUUGACUGUGUGUGUUAAGUUAUUGUUAAAGCAGUUUAAUGUUAAAAUGAAAUAGGAGAUGCCGGUUUUAUUAUGGGAUAGGACCGAACGACCCUCAAAGGUACCUGGCUGGAAGUCAACACACAGGGUUCCGUAGUAAACGCAGGAUCACAUACAGUAUGUUUAGUUUCACCAAUCUAAAGUUCCCCACAUGAUGCCCCCUCUAGAACGCGCCACCUGUUCUCGCUGAUGAGCGUGUCUGAAUGUAUCCGUAUCCGCGUUGAGGUUCUGUUUGGCAGAAAGCACUUUGGAAUGGCACUGAGCACAUCCGGUCCUCUGCAGCAUCUCUGUCCGGUUGCACAGGGCACCCUGAACCUUAUAAGAGCCACAUCAAACUAUCAGGAUGACGCCACAUGAUCGAUUUAUUUUUUUUAUUUUUUUGCCUAACGCACUUUGACCUCCAGCAUCAAAUUUAGGAGAAUGUCAUUGUGCCGUGAUGAGUUUGUCUGCCCGGCUUCCAAACCAGGUGGCAUCGUAAUGAAGUUUUAAUAAAAUGUAAUAAAGAUCCAGACACGUUUAGUAGAAUUACUCUUCUCUCGGGGCUGCAGACAUGUUUGUGUCCUGUGGUCUGUAUACCUCAGCUGACCACUCGACUUCACCGGUGUCACUAAAGUUUAAGUUUAAGGAUGUAUCUAAGACCCAGAAUCUGUUGUUUACAAAGAAGCGACCGUGCUAGUAUUACAUUCUGAUCUGAUCUACUGACCUUUCCUGACCAGAACCUUAAUGAAAAGCCUUAUCUGACCCCCUUUUUUCCAGUCUUCUAUAUCUCAUGGUGCACAGACAAAUCAUUGGAUGUACGGCCUUUCUUCGGGCAUCCAGACGACUGAAGGCAGCUCGCCUGCACUUUUUUUGCUGCAGAUUUUCAUUCUUAUUGAAGCGAUGCCGGCCGUUUUCUAACAGACCCCCCUCUGUCAUGGGGCGUCUUUCCACUCGCUGGCUGAGAUUAGUUCCAGGUGUGUUGGUACCCGUUGAGCCGCGGGUGGAGGUCAGUGUGUGUGUGUGUGUGUUUUAGAGAAGAGUCUCCGAUCAGUGUUGUUGUGACGUCUCCGUGUACUUGUCCUUGGCGCCUUUAGGGGCAGCGUUCUGUUGUCUGACGGUGUGUUUAAGGUCCUUGAAGCCAUGGCUCUAUGUUAAUGAAUGUCCACACAGAAGCAGCUGAAGACUUCAUUUGUUUACUGACUUUCCAGCAGCAUCAAGGACAUAACGCUUAAAUUUCUGUAUCUUGGGACACGAUGUGUCUGUUUGUGCCAUUUUAUGUUUUUGUCUGUUUUAUAUGUUUUUUUAUUAAUGUGCAAGUCUGAAAUUUUCACUGCACAAUAUUUUCCAAUACAGGCAGUUGUUUGCUUUGUACCAAAUACAGCGUUGGUAAUGUGUUUAUUGAAUAUUUGGGUUUUUAUAAAUCUUUUCUCUGUGUGUUAAUCUCAGGGCUGAAUCUCAGAUAUUUUAAUGAUCUAAUUUAAAUCGUAUGGUUUCUCUGCCUUCUCUCUCGUCCCACAUUGACUGGAGUAAUGACGCGUAGCAGGAUCGCAAAACCCUUUUCUGCUGUGGUACACACUACGACCCAUCACAUUCCAGCUCCUCCCAUCGUGUGCCUGUCAGUGCUGUGGUGUUUCUUAGGCUUCACAUGGGACCGCCAACCUGUGUCCCAGUUGUUUUGCGUCAUGAUUUCCGUGGCAAAGUUUUGUACCAUCUUGCUUAACUCCUGGAGCAUCGGAGCUCGUGUCAAUGUCAAAAAUAAAUAUUUUGUUCUAUGUU